CGUACAUUUUCCCAACACUGUUGUCUCCCCACAUACAGUACGUCUCUCACCACCGAGCACAGUUCCUCGCCUACACGUUCUUCUCGUAGCCCUCCGCCAUUGCCCAGCCUUCACGGACAGGUCCUGUGGAUGACUCCUCCUCGUCACCAACAGAGACCAUGGCGGCCACCGACGGGCAGCCUCCACCCCCCUCGGCUACCCGCAUAAAACCACCACGCAUCGAUGCACUGCAGACACAGCAUGCCAAUUGGGCCGUGUGCUCACCCGUCAACCAGAAUGGAAGCUUCGAGUUUGACCGUGUCAUCAAGGCUGGCUCUGUUCUCAAACGCACUCGCAAGACCAAGAAAUGGCGAUCGGCCUACCUCGUUCUCCGUCCCAAUAUUCUCUCCAUAUACAAAUCAGCCGACGAAACCGGCUUGCGCCAUCAAAUCAAUCUGGCAGAUCUGACCGCCGUCGCCCGUCAAAAGGAUUCGAACAAGAAGAAGGAAAAUGUGUUUGGCCUAUUUUGUCCGGCGCGCAACUUCCAUCUAAGCGCACCGACGGAGAAGGAUGCGCAGGAAUGGGUUGACUUGAUACGAACAGCUGCACGGAUCGACAGGGAGGACGAAGAGAUGAUUCUGCUCAGCCCGUCUGGCAACAAGACCACAUUCUCUGGUUUCGGAACACUCGCGCCGAGGGACAAUGUUGUUUCGAGCUCAUCGGAAGCGGAACCCACUGGGACUACGGCACCUUCUACUGCCAUCGACAUAAUGCAUCGAGGACGUCAGCCCUCGCAUGCUCUAACCUACUCGGGUAACGAACAUGGCUCCUUCUCAGACUUCUCAGACACCGCUGGACCAAUCCAUGCCCGCUUUCAACGAUCGUCCGCCUCCCUCCCCCGUCCAUUGGAACAGCAGAACGCUUCCCAGGUGAGCAAUCUCAACGCCCUCCCGGAUGAUGAGCGCGUGAUAUACCAUGGUUGGCUCUACCUCUUAAAAUCCAAAGGCGGCGUCCGACAAUGGAAGAAGGUCUGGGUCGUGCUACGACCAAAGUCCUUGGGCCUGUACAAGAAUGAGGAGGAAUAUGCUGCAAACCUCAUCAUCCCCUUUCCCUCCAUUAUCGAUGCAGUCGAGAUUGAUCCGGCGUCGAAAAGUAAAAAGUUCUGUAUGCAGGUCAUCACCGAGGAAAAGAGCUUCCGUUUCUGCGCCCCAGAUGAAGACUCUCUCGCGAGAUUCCUGGGUGGUUGCAAGUCCAUUCUGGUGAAGAGAAAGGAAUCCGAGCUCCAACGUGAGCUGCAAGAAGCACAGAAGUCGGCUCUGUCUCCGCCAGCUGCAAUGAAGCACAACCCAGUUGCAAACCAACAGUCGGUUCCGCUCGUUACCGUCGAAUCGAAUUCUCAUUCAUUCCCGGUCCAAGGUGCACGUUAAGUCAAAGCAACUCAGUCGAUCUCCGCAUUAUACCACCACUUGUGUGUGUCGGCUUUCCCAUCGGCUACAGCGCCCUUCUCCUUUGUUGCCAUCCGCGAUCCAAUAUUCCCUUUCUCUCGGUUCUGGAAAAUCGAAGCGGAGGCUGUUGCAUUUCUCAAGCGCUCUUACCU